UGUCCCUCCACCCACCGCCCACCACGACCUGCCAUCAACUCCCACGCCGGCAUCCCAAAAGGCACUUGCACCCGACCCGAGCGACGACCGGCCAAUUUAUUUGAAAACGACAGUUAUAUCGCUUAUCGCGCCAGCAACGAGAUUGUCUCCUGGGGUGCCAGCGUGUUCAAAAGCGGGUCUGCCCUACCUCAGCUGUCCCGCGAAAACCCCUCCGCGUGCACAGCGCCAACCCCACGCGAAGCACUUGGCAGUGAUCUACGCGCGUUCGAACGCCUGGCCAUCAUACCCGAUCCUCGGUAGCCACUCCAGGGCCAUCGAUUUCAGGACGGCGCAGCUGCGUCUCUCCUUUGCAGAGCACAGCCGCGGGUCUGACGACCCAUCUUCGCCGUCAUGUCGACAUCCUCAGGCGUGCCCGAGUCCUGGAUCUCGAGCUUCUGCGCCUUGUUGGGCCAUGAAUACUUCGCAGAGGUCUCGGAAGAGUUUAUCGAGGAUGAUUUCAACUUGACUGGCCUGCAGACACAGGUGACGAUGUACAAGGAAGCGCUCGAGAUGAUACUCGACGUCGAGCCUGAGGAUGAUGACGAAGACGAAGACGAGGAAGAGGAAGAGGAAGAGAACGAGUCUGGCCUUGGCGACGGGCAAGAACGCAUGGGCGGACGAGAGCGAAGGCAUCAUAGUAGGAUGGCCAGCGACCUGUCCGUCAUCGAGUCGUCUGCGGAGAUGCUCUACGGCCUCAUCCACCAGCGCUUCAUAUGCUCACGUGCCGGCAUCCAACAGAUGAGCGAAAAGUACGAGCUGGGCCAUUUCGGCGCCUGUCCCAGGUACAACUGCGAGCAGGCAAGAACGCUUCCAGUUGGUCUCUCCGACAUCCCCGGCGAGGACACAGUCAAGCUUUUCUGUCCCUCCUGUCUCGACGUCUACGUCCCGCCCAACAGUCGGUUUCAGACUGUUGAUGGUGCCUUCUUCGGCCGCACCUUUGGCGCCCUCUUCCUCCUGACAUUUCCCGAAUACGAUCUCACGAAGCGCGGUUCCGACGUGCUCUCCAGCGCAACCUCUCGAGUACCAGAGGAUGAGCCCCUCUUGAACGGCAUGUACGCCAAGAAUAUCGCACCCAGUCUCGGCCCUGGUCAUAUCUACGAGCCGCGGAUCUAUGGCUUCAGGGUCUCUGAGCGGGCACGCUCCGGCCCCCGUAUGCAAUGGCUGCGCGACCGUCCGCAAGAUAUACACGAACUGGACGAGGAGCAGCUAUAUCAGCAACACGUCAAUGAAUCCGAAGACGACGACGACGGCAUGAAUGUAAACGGUCGCGCCAUGGCCCGCCGUCGGCCUCCUGGCAACCCGCGCCGCCGCCAACGGCAAAACCAGAAUGGCAGUCCGAUGCAGAUGUCCACCAACGGUGCCGAGUCCGAGCUCUAAUGCGGCAGAGGGAUCUCUUGAAUUCGUGAUUCAAGGCAUAUAGCGCAGGAAUUUACACAUUUGUGAGCCUACCAGCUGCGAGCCUGUCACGCAGAGUGGCUCUCAGCGGUAGAUGAGACCUUUCAAGCCACAUCUGUCUUCCGAGGCUAGCUAUCAGCGUGGGACGUCAUGGUCUGCAAGGCUUCGGCGGCGCUCGAAAUGCUUACGAGCCACGGCCUUCGCGAUCAACCACGCCAAAGAGACAAUGAGCCUGCUGGGCCCCGCAGUUGUUGACCCGCGCGUGUGGUCAAGUGGUGGGUGAGUGUGGUGCAUCAUGGGGAGCGAGUCAGGCCCAAGCGAAGCCUGAUAUACGGUGGGAUAGAUAUUCGGCAAUUGAAUAAUGCGUACGAUGGACAACAUGGUACAGCGAGAUGGGGGUGAUUUGGCCAAAGCGCGUUGUAGAAGAUCCAAAUAUAAUGGCACAUCUCCGCUG